GUGAUUUCAACCUUACAACCAAACCAUUUUGGUCGAUAAUAUCGGUAAUUGAGAGAUAAAUCUCCUAGUUUCUUUCGUCGACAUUGUGUAUCUCCAUCUUCAUGGACAAAAAUCCUCAUUCAGAAAUUCAACUCCCUCCGGGAUUUAGAUUCCACCCUUCUGAUGAAGAGCUAGUAGUUCACUAUCUAAGAAACAAAGUGACUUCAUCUCCUCUUCCUGCUUCAUUCAUAGCAGAAAUAGAUCUCUACAAGUACAAUCCAUGGGAGCUUCCAAAUAAGGCUUUGUUUGGUGAAGAAGAGUGGUAUUUCUUUACUCCGAGGGAGAGAAAAUAUCCGAAAGGAUUGAGGCCUAAUAGAGCAGCUGGUGUGGGUUAUUGGAAAGCUACUGGAACUGAUAAACCGAUUCUGACUUCAUGUGGUUUGAAAAGCAUUGGAGUGAAGAAAGCUCUUGUGUUCUAUAAGGGACGUCCACCGAAAGGAUCUAAAACCGAGUGGAUCAUGCAUGAAUAUAGGCUGCAUGAUUCAGUGAUCUCAAAUUCCAAGCAUAACGGUUCUACUUCUAUGCGACUGGACGAAUGGGUGUUAUGCCGAGUUCGACAAAAAACCGGAAGCCCGAGAAGGGGUUUGGAAGAUUCAAAUGAACUUAGUUAUUAUGAACCAACAAGUCAAUUUCAGCAAAUGAAUGAGAACUCAAAUCCUGAACCAGUCAAAAACUAUGUGCAGAAUGAAUAUCCAAUGUUACCUUAUAUUCUGGCUUCUAAGACUGUUCUUCCCAAUACCAUUGGUAUGUCAUCAGACAAUGUAAAACCACAUGCUUCAUUUUAUGAAGAAAGCAGCUUAAACAUAAUAGGAGCCCAGUUCUUAUCAUCUGCAACUGAGGGAUUGUUUGAUAAUCCUCUGAAGAGAAAAGCGGUUGAAAAUAAUAGCGAGACGGACUUUUAUGCUGUCCUCAAUCAAAACCUAAGCAGAGAAGUUGAAAAAGAUUUAAGCAAAGGGUACAAUUUCUGCAACUUUGAUCAGUGGAGUUCAAUCAUACAACCUCAAGAGCUUAAUAGCUUAGCCUUCACUGGAUAUACAUGAGUACCUCAAGAGCUUAGUAGCUUAUUUGUGUGUACAUAGAUGGAAAGUGUAUUCUAUAUGUAAAUAAGGAAGAAUGUAUAUUGAGCUGUGUGAUUAUUCUUUACAGUACAUAGAAGUACUAGUAGCUGUUGUAUAUAGUAGAAAAAAUAGGGUAUUGUUCAAGUAUUGUGUAUAGGUAUAUAUAUGUAUGUGAGAUACAGUUUGAGGAAUAAAGUUCCACCAUAAUGGAACUGGGUUGUUGAUUUUAUACAUGUAUUAUGCAUUGAAAUUUUAU